UGAAUUGAUCAGACAUUUGCCAAACACCCCUUAGUCCCCCAAGUUCACAGUUUUUAAUCAAGACAGACAUCAACAAGCUCUGUUUUCCUCUAUCCAAGCUAAAUGCUUAGAUUCUUCCCCGGUUCCUCCUGCCCGUCCAGUUGUUUCUUCUUCGCUUCUUCAGUUCUUCCGAUUUCAUUCAAUGCUCGCUAGGAAGACGAAAUGGCGCUAUUGCUUCCUGCAUCCACAUCGCCUUCAGAUUUCCACAACUUUCCAUCUUCCAUUGGGAAAACCCUAAACUCCAUAUCGCGUCUUCCCUUUACAGUAAGAGCUGGGAAGUAUAAAAACAGCAGCCAGAGAGCUCCGUCGUUUGUUGCUUUAUCUGUGAAGAGUAGUCGACCAGUUUGCAAAACAGGUCAAGGCGGUGAAAUCGAUAUUAAAUCAAGUAAAUGUGGUGGUGAAUAUGGGAGAUUGAUCAGAUUGAGCGAGGGAAGGGACGAGGAUGAAUUAUAUGGGUCUGUGUGCCCUGGUUGUGGAGUCUUUUUGCAGGAUAAGGACCCCAAUCUUCCCGGGUACUACAAGGAACCCACAGUAGGUUAUUCGAAAAUAGAUGUAGAGGAAAACAAUGAGGGUGUUUUUGAUGACGAUGAUGGUGGUGGCAGCGGCAUCAGUGAAGACUAUGAAACGUUUGAUGAUAUUGAUAAAAUUGAAGGAAGAAUUGAAGAAAUGGGUUCCGGAAAUGAAGAUGAGAUUGAUUGGGAUACGGAACAAUGGGAAUCUGGCUUUGAAACAGAAGAAAGUGAUGAGUUGGAUGGGUUUGCUCCGGCGGGUGUAGGUUAUGGUAAUGUCACAGAGGAGUAUCUUGAGGGUUUGAAGCAGAAACGGGUGUCAAAAGCUGAGAGGAAAAAAAUAGCACGAGAGGCAGCUAAGAGCGAAAAGGAGGAGGCGGUGACAGUUUGUGCUCGUUGUCAUUCAUUGAGGAACUAUGGACAUGUUAAAAAUCAAAAGGCAGAGAACUUGAUACCCGAUUUUGACUUUGACCGGUUGAUAGCUACCAGAUUAGUGAAACCCAGUGGGAAUGCUGAUGCCACAGUUGUGCUCAUGGUGGUGGAUUGUUUAGAUUUUGAUGGGUCAUUUCCAAAGAGGGCUGCCAGCUCUUUAUUCAAGGCACUAGAAGGAAGCCAAAGAGAAGGUUUGAAACAAAGUAAAAGACUGCCAAAACUUGUUCUAGUUGCAACAAAGGUUGAUCUUCUCCCAUCCCAAGUGUCACCGGAAAGGCUUGAUAAAUGGGUGAGACGGCGUGCUAAGGCUAAUGGUGCAUCUAAACUCAGUGGAGUUUAUUUGGUUAGUGCCCGUAAGGAUCUUGGCGUGAGAAACUUACUGGGAUUUGUUAAGGAGUUAGCCGGUCCACGUGGUAAUGUGUGGGUUAUUGGAGCUCAAAAUGCAGGAAAGUCAACCUUGAUCAAUGCAUUUGCUAAGAAGGGUGGAGUGAAAGUUACAAAGCUUACUGAAGCUCCUGUUCCUGGAACUACACUUGGGAUCCUGAGAGUUAGAGGGGUACUGUCUGCCAAGGCCAAGAUGUAUGACACGCCGGGCCUUCUACAUCCGUAUCUAUUGUCGAUGAGACUAAGUAGGGAUGAGCAGAAAAUGGUCGAGAUACGGAAGGAACUUCAACCUCGCAGCUACAGAAUAAAGGCCGGACAUACUGUACAUGUUGGAGGGUUACUAAGAUUAGACCUCAAUCGUGCUUCGGUGGAUACCAUUUACAUCACUGUUUGGGGGUCUCCAAGUGUCUCUCUACAUCUUGGUAAAACAGAAAAUGCCGAUGAAAUUUGGAGCAAGCACUGUGGGGUUAGGUUGCAGCCUCCCAUUACCACAGAGAGAGUUCCUGAGUUGGGCCAGUGGAAAGAAAGACAAAUCAAAGUGUCUGGCACAAGCUGGGAUGUGAACAGCAUUGAUAUUGCUGUGGCUGGUUUAGGGUGGCUUUCCUUUGGUUUAAAAGGUGAAGCGGACUUAAGGUUGUGGACGUAUGGUGGCGUCGAGAUCACCUUGCGUGAGCCAUUGAUACUUGACCGUGCCCCGUUUCUUGAGAGACCUGGAUUUUGGCUACCCAAGGCCAUCUCAGAUGCGAUUGGAAACCAAGCCAAGCUUGAAACUCAAACAACAAGGAAAAGCAAACAAGAUAAAGACACGAUCUUACCCUCAGAAGCAAAAGUAUCCUCUUGAAGACUAACACAAUUUUUUACACUAUGGUUCACGGAAUUUGAAAGGGGAAAAAAGAAAAUGAUAUAGAAAACUGUUUCUCUUGUUUGGUUAAAGAAAAGAAAGAAACAAGAGAAGGAAAACCCUCUUAUUUUGGUAGGGAAAAUGAGAAAACCAUUUUCUUUUCUUUUCUUUCUAAAUUCCUUGAACCGAACGCAGUGUUAGUGUUGAACGAACGGUCUACAUGAAGUGAAGCCUAACAUUUCGUAGAGUUGUACUUGUAGAUGUGACACUUAUACCUACAACAUUUCUCCCACAAGUGUUGUAGAUGAAAAGUGACUUUGGUGUAUCAAAGGUAUUUCCGCUUCACAAUUUGCUCCUUCAAGGUGUAACUGCUGUCCUACUCCGUACUUCUUUUGUAUUACUGAAAAUUGUAAUUUUCUUAGAAUUUAAUGGCAGUGUUUUAAAAAAAAUUCAUUCUGUUCUA